CCCAAUUCGUGACCGCCCACAAACACGAGCCUUGCAUCUGGAAGCUGGAACCUCUGAGCACGGUACGCCAAGUCAUACAGAGCUAUAUCAGAGUGAUGCAAGUCGAACCAAAUGAUCAGCUGGCUAAACACCAUGACAUCUUCAGGCAACGUGGUUACUGUAUUGGAGGACCGGAAGGAGAUCGGUAUUGUCUUCGAUGUUCAAGAAGUCCGUCAUCUUGUCUGCCGAGCGAGACGAUGGAGUCUAUAUGAGAGCGGGAGUGUCCGGUCUGCUGGGAGGCAUCGGCCGUGAGGCCAAUGUGCCCAUGUCCAUGUGCCCAGGAGAAUGGACCACGAGGU